ACUAAAGUCUGAGGAGUGAAAGUAAAAAGUUCGGCGGUACCGCGUUCGUUCCAGAUGCGAAGAUGGGCGUAAUUAUUUUCCUUUUUCUGUCAGGAGUUCUGUUCAUCUGUGAGGGGCUCCAUGUGGUCGGCCCCUCUGGUCCUCUGACUGUGGAGCUGGGGGGCUCAGUGAUGCUGCCCUGUUAUGUUGAAACCCCCAUACCACUGGAAGAGCUGGAAGUGGAGUGGAAGAGAGCAGACUCUGAAGCUUUAGUACAUUUAUUCCAAGACGGAGAAAGUCGACCAGAGGCUCAGGACCAGGCCUACAGUGGAAGAGCCAGUUUCUUUACUGAGGAGGUCGAACGUGGAAACUUCUCUCUCCUGCUCACAAAUCUGACCACUAAAGAUGCAGGAGUUUACAACUGUUUUGUUUACAGUCAACAGGAAACUGGUCAAACAUCAGUUGAAAUAAAGGAGAUUACAACAAUCUCUGUAGCACAGUGAUAGCAGGAAUCACAGCCGAGGAGUUGACUUGUGGAAUUUUACAUCUGAAGCACCAAGUACUGAGCAAACACACUGAGAACCUGAGCAGUGCUGCCAACACUGUGCACUGAAACUAAAGCAGGUGUAUAGACUGUGUACAGUCUAUGAGCAGGCAGACAAUAUGGUCUCUCUACAGCCUAUUUUACAAAUACAGUUUAAAAAAGUAAUGUUUACUUUGCAGUUCUACUCGUUUAAAGUAAGGUCAGCAAAUACAGAUUUAGUAGGAAACAUUCUUCAGUUUUAUUAUAUUCAUACAAAGUUUUCUUCUAUUCCUGUUCCAAUAAACCUUCAAAGAGUUAAUCAGGUAAAACUGCCAAGUAAAAUUCCAAAAUACUACUUAUUGCUCAUUUAAGAUUUUGAUUUGUUUGAAUGUUGCAACCACUUCUCAGUUUCUUUGCUAAUAUUAAUGCAGUUUGUAUGUCAGAAAAUUACAUUGUCUUUGAUUGUAGUAUCAAGUUUAAAAUGUCAUAUCUUGCCUCAAAUGCAGGACUCACCAGUACAUAAUCAUGAACUACAGGCGAUACAGUCUACAGAAGAUGCUCCUGCUCCUCAUGUGUCUCAGGAGGUAUCGAGGAAUUAUUGUGUCUUGUAUGCAGACCACCUACAUGAAGACAUGUUGGGUUUGGAGCCACCUCAAGGACACAGACGGAUCUCUGGUUGUGAUUAAUAUCUGCUCAAAAGAACGUUGUGUUUUAUACAUACAGAAAACCCAAGCAGGUACUGGGCCAACCAAAGACACUGAUGCAAUCUCUACUUGGACAUGAUUGUUCAGUGACAUGGAAGAAAAUAUGAACAACUGCAUUAAGAGCAUUUAGUCUCUAAUGCUGGUACACUAAACUUGCCUUUCCACUACCAUGCCAGACUCAUUGCUGUGAUGAGUCAUUCACCACCUGAGUAAUAUCUUGAUGCUGUCCCAUAAAUUGGGGAUAGAAAAAUACUGCACAGGGUGAUAAGAAAUAUAAAUUUGCACAUAGUAAUGUCUGUAAAAUUUACAGUCAUGAAAUCAUGAACAUGCUAGCCAGAAAAGUCACUACACCACAACGUUUAAUGCAGAAACCUUUUUUUUGCUUUGUAAGUAGCCUGUGCUGUGGGAAGUUAGCGUGACACUACUAGUAAUAAUAUAUGUUUACAUUUGAUGGCAGCUGUAAUUUAAACAGCAUGGGGAAGAAUUCAUACUAAAUUGAAAAGCAAUCAAUACAGUACAAAAUCCAAAAUUCAAUGCACAUAACAUUACUUUCAUAGUGAUACGCAGAAUGUGUGUCAGAAUGAAAAGCAAAACCUCUA